AUGGACCUCAUUUACCGGCGCACACCCCUGACCUUCCUUCUUCUCCCUCUUGUCGUGCUUGGGGCACCCGCUGAUGAACCCAACCUCACAGAAGAACCAGCCCCUGCUGCUUGCAAACGCUGCUGUGACCCACCGGACUCUUCGGUGGACGCCCCAUCGCUCCCUCCCAGCCACCACCACUUGCCCUACCCAAUGCCAGAGGUCCGUCCCUACAUCAACAUCACCAUCCUGAAGGGAGAGAAAGGAGACCGAGGAGAACCUGGGAUGCCAGGCAAAUGGGGCAAAGAAGGACCACGAGGUGAGCGGGGUGCCCAGGGCCAGAAAGGCAGCAAAGGCCAGAUGGGUGCAGCAGGAGACCCCUGCAAGCAUCACUACGCCGCGUUCUCCGUGGGGCGCAGGAAAGCCUUGCACAGCAGCGAGGGCUUCCAGGUCCUCAUCUUUGACACCGUCUUUGUCAACCUCUACAGCCACUUCGACAUGUUCAAUGGCAAAUUCUACUGCGCCGUAGGCGGGCUUUACUAUUUCAGCCUCAACGUCCACACCUGGAACUUCAAGGAGACCUACAUGCACAUCAUGCACAACGAAGAAGAGGCCGUCAUCUUGUACGCCCAACCCAGCGACCGCAGCAUCAUGCAGAGCCAGAGCCUCAUGCUGGAGCUGCAGGAGAAUGAUGAGAUCUGGGUGAGGCUCUACAAGAGGGAGAGGGAGAACGCCAUUUACAGCGAUGAUGUGGACGUGUACAUCACCUUCAAUGGAUACUUGGUCAAGCCCAGCCUUGAAUAA